AUGUAUUUGUACUUGAUUAUUAACAAGGAGUUAAACCUCAAAGUAAUUAUUUAAAAAGAUAAUAGUUAAUUAAAAGUUGUUAACUAAUAAUUAUCUCAGGUAGAUUUGGAAUUGACUUAAGAUAUUGAAAUUACUUUAAAUGAUGGUCUUAAUUAUAUUGAUAUCAGCUAAUAGAAUUAAGAAGCGUUCUGUGAUAAUAAUUUAUGCUAAGAGUAUUACAAAAUUCAUAAAAACAUAAAUAAAAUAUAGAAAUAAAAAGGAAUAAAAAUAAAUUUCACAAGCACAUUCUAUAUCCAAUGUUAUUAUCAUCUGCAAGAUUUAUUUUUAGCUGAAGAGGAAAUAAAUUCACAUAUUAUUUUUAGCGUUAAGUCAUAUUCAAAAAAUUUAACUUUAUCAAAAAUAUUAAUGGCAAGGAUGUUUAAAGGCUUUAUAUUUAAUAACACCAACAGCAUAAUAAUGUCUUUAUUAUCUGAACCUGAGUAAAUACCAUUAAAUGAAUUCCAAUCAUAUGUUCUGUCUUUAAAGGCUCUUGAAAAGUGUUUCAAAGAUUACUCUAAAAAUUAUAUUCCUCAAAUAAUUUAUGAUCUAUAAGAUAUUUGA